AUGAGUAGCUCCUUCAGCUUCAAACUCUUCCCUGUUUGGCUGGAUGACAUCAUUGGCAGGAAGGAUCAGCCCUUGAUUGGGAGCUUGGAAAACUACUACCACUUUCACCACAGCAAGACAUUUAAGCGCUCGACGCUGAGCAGCCGGGGACCGCACAACUUCCUCCGCAUGGACCCCAAGUGGGUGAUGCUGGGUUCUGUGCCCAUGGGUGAUGCCGGGCUCUGUGCCCAGGGCGAUGCUGACCCAUGGCUCUGCUUGCAGGUGGACUGGCUGCAGCAGCAGGAGGUGAAGCGGCGGGUGAAGAGGCAGGUCCGAGGGGAGCCGCACGCCCUGCCCUUCAACGACCCGGUGUGGCCCAACAUGUGGUACCUGCACUGCGGCGAUAAAAGCAGUCGCUGCAGGUCGGAGAUGAAUGUCCUGGCAGCCUGGCAGAGGGGCUACACCGGCAAAAAUGUGGUGGUCACCAUCCUCGAUGACGGCAUAGAAAGGAACCACCCUGAUCUCCUGCAAAACUAUGAUCCCCUUGCAAGCUACGAUGUCAACGGGAAUGACCACGACCCGACUCCGCGCUACGAUGCCAGCAAUGAGAAUAAGCACGGCACUCGCUGCGCGGGGGAAGUGGCGGCGGCGGCGAACAACUCGUACUGCAUCGUGGGCAUUGCCUACAACGCACGCAUCGGAGGCAUUCGUAUGUUAGAUGGCGAUGUAACAGAUGUUGUUGAAGCGAAGUCGCUUGGCAUCAGACCCGAUUACAUUGACAUUUACAGCGCGAGCUGGGGGCCAGAUGAUGAUGGGAAGACAGUUGAUGGACCUGGUCUAUUGGCCAAACAGGCUUUUGAGCAUGGCAUUAAAAAGGGCCGCAGGGGCUUGGGCUCCAUUUUCGUCUGGGCGUCGGGGAACGGCGGCAGAGAGGGCGAUUACUGCUCCUGUGACGGCUACACCAACAGCAUCUACACCAUCUCCAUCAGCAGCACCACCGAGAAUGGGUACAAGCCCUGGUACCUGGAGGAGUGUGCCUCCACCCUCGCCACCACCUACAGCAGCGGGGCUUUUUACGAGCGGAAAAUAGUCACCACGGACCUCCGGCACCGCUGCACGGACGGCCACACCGGCACCUCCGUGUCCGCCCCCAUGGUAGCGGGCAUCAUCGCCUUGGCUUUGGAGGCAAACCCCCUGCUCACCUGGAGGGAUGUCCAGCAUCUGCUGGUCAAAACCUCACGGCCGAUGCACCUGCGAGCAGCCGACUGGAAGACCAACGGCGCGGGGCAUAAAGUUAGCCAUCUAUAUGGCUUUGGUCUGGUGGAUGCAGACGCUAUUGUGGUGGAAGCCAAGAAGUGGAAGGCAGUUCCUCCCCAGCACGUCUGCGUGGGAAGCCUGGACAGGGUGCCCAAGUACAUCAGGGCCGACCACGUGCUGCGCGCCAGCACCCUCAGCAGCGCCUGUGCCGAGCACCACGACCAGCACGUGCUCUACCUGGAGCACGUCGUGGUGCGGCUCAGCAUCUCGCACCCGCGCCGGGGCGACCUCCAGAUCAGCCUCGUCUCUCCGGCAGGGACCAGGUCACAGCUCCUUGCCAGGAGAGUGUUCGACCACUCCAACGAGGGGUUCAAGGGCUGGGAAUUCAUGACCGUCCACUGCUGGGGGGAGCGGGCGGCAGGGGAGUGGACCCUGGAGAUCCACGACACGCCAUCCCAAGUGCGCAAUCCCGCAGUGCAAGGGAAGCUGAAGGAGUGGAGCCUCCUCUUCUAUGGGACAGCCGAGCACCCCUACACCACGCUAGGCGGCCCCCAGUCCCGUGGGAGGACGCUGGAGGUGCCAGCAUCGGAGAUGGAGCCGUCGAGAGCUGCCUUCCUGCAGAGCCAGGUGGAGGUGGUGGAGGAGGAGGAGGAGUACGCGGGUCCUUGCCACCCUGAGUGCGGUGACCAGGGCUGCGAUGGCCCCAACGCUGACCAGUGCUUGAACUGCAUCCACUACAGCCUGGGCAGCAUGAAAACCAGCAGGAUGUGUGUGAGCUCGUGCCCCGCGGGGUUUUUCGGUGACAAAGGUGCCCGGAGGUGCCGCCGGUGCUACAAGGGCUGCGAGCGCUGCGUCGGGAGGGGACCGACCCAGUGCACGGCGUGCAAGCGGAGCCUCUACCAUCACCAGGAGAUGAGCACCUGCGUGGUGCUGUGUCCACCUGGGUUUUACACCGAGGAACGUCAGAAACGCUGUCUGAAAUGUCAUCAAAGCUGUAAAAAAUGUGUCGGCGAAGCAGACAAAUGUACUGCAUGCAAAGAUGGAUUCAGCCUGGCAGGAGAGAGCUGCGUGCCGGAGUGCCAGCCUGCCAUGUACCUCAGCCAGGAGCCCCGGCGGUGUGAGACCUGCCCCGACGGCACAGGGCGGAGCGAGGAGGACUGCGCACCCUGUGCCCCCGAGGCCCCCACGCCCCACUGGCACUGCGUCCCCGCCUGCCGUGAAGGCUUCUACGCCGCUGACAGCCACGGGCUGCCCAACAAAGUCUGCAAGAGGUGCGAUGACCACUGCUCAGCCUGCGAGGGCUCCAGUGGAAACUGCCUCAAGUGUAAAGAAGGUUUCAGCCUCCUCGGCGGCUCCUGUGUAACAAAUGAAACCUGCACCAAUGCUGACAAGACUUUCUGUGAGAUGGUGAAAUCAAACAAGCUCUGUGAAAAGAAGCUGUUUGUGCAGUUCUGCUGUCAGACGUGUCUUAUGGCUGGGUAA